UGACAGAAAAAAGAAAGUAAACUAAGGAAGCAAAGUUUCGGUUUUUUUUAAAUAGCUGUGAGCUAUAAAUCUAAAGAAUGAAAAUAAUGUUUGGGUAGUUAAUUAUUAAAUUAAAUAUUUUUGGAAAAGAGUAGAAGUUCAGAAUUGUAAUCAUUUUAUUAAUUGCAUUAAUAAAUGUUAGGCAAAAGAAAUCGAAGUUUCAAUUAAAGGAUCUCUUCUAAUUAUUAAAAUUAAUUUACUGUACAGAAUGGAUUUAAAAUUAACCACAAAAGUACGAGAUCUCCGCCUACGAGAUAGAAAUAAAUUAACUAUGAUCUUGACUGUAAAUCAUAGCUGGAAAGAUUUAGCUGCUGUUUUAAGAAAUCCUGAUAAUCAAGAUAUGGAUAUGUUUACUGCUGAAGAUAUAGACAUUUUAGAUUCAGAUUCAAGACCAGCUGAGGCAUUUUUAGAACAAUGGAGCACAUAUGGGCGCAAACAACCAAAUCUUGGAGAUUUGUUAGCUGGACUUAAAGAAGCCAAUUUAUUACGGGCUGCACACUUUGUUCAGAGUGAACUUUUGAAAAUUUCUGAUGAAAGCUUAGAAGAGCAAGAGGCUGUAUCAGAAAAGCUUGAAACAGUGUUGCAUUCAGUCGCUGAAAACCAAGAAACUGCUGAUGCAAUAGACUUAAUUAAUGAACAUUUGCAAGGAAUUGAUUUGAGUGAACUGACACAGUUUCGUUUUUCUGAUCUUGCCAAGAGCACAAGAAAUUUCUGUAAUAUACGAGCAGAAGAAGGCGGUCAUAAAAUAGGUGAAGGUGCUUAUGGAUCUGUUUAUCGAGCAAAUAUUUCUGGCAUCACAAUUGCUGUGAAACUACUGAAAGAACCCAUUGAUAAACAAUUUUUUACAGAAUUGAGCAUUUUAGUUAGGUGCAAGCAUGAAAACUUAUUAUCUCUUUUAGGAUGUUCAGUUGAUGGUCCUAAAUGUUGUUUAAUUUAUGAAUAUAUGCUUAAUGGAUCAUUACAAGAUAGAUUAGGAUGUGUUGGACAUUCACCACCACUGCCUUCUCUAACACGUUUACAAAUUGCAUAUUCUUCUGCUCUUGGUCUUAACUAUUUGCAUACAUUUUGUGAAACUCCAAUGGUGCAUCGAGAUGUAAAAAGUGCCAAUAUUUUGUUGGAUAGGAAUUAUGUUCCCAAAAUAGGAGAUUUUGGCCUUGUUCGUAUUGGAGGUAGCAGUACAACUUCAACUAUGGCCAUCACUGAGAAUGUGUAUGGAACAUCUGUUUAUAUGGCUAGAGAAGCUUUUUGUGGUGAUGUUUCAGUUAAAUUAGACACAUUUAGUUUUGGAGUGGUUUUACUAGAAAUAUUGACUGGUCUUCCUCCAUAUGAUACUAGAAGGGAGGAUAGAGAUUUAAUAACUCAUAUGGAAGGCUGUGAUGAUAUAUUGACAAUGCUUGAUCAAAAAGUUAUAUGGAAUGCACAAAAUGCUGUUGCCCUAUAUAAAAUUGCCAAGCAGUGCUUGAUACCUACAAAGAAACAGAGGCCUACUAUAUUUGAAAUAUUGCCAGAUUUGCACAAAUGUUGUUGUGAACACAGUAGCUUUGUGGAAUGGGUUUCAUUUCUUUUCACUAUAACAUAUCAACUCAGAUAAAUGCAAUCGCACAAGAAAUAUAAAUAUUUUUGCAUUUGAACAAAGUUUAUAAGUGUUGUUUUAAAUAAACAAUUUCACACAUUGUAAAUAGUUUGUUGCAUAUUGGGGAUCAUAUAUAAAACUGUUGUAGCAUUUGAAUUAAUAUUUAAAA